UCUUAUUCUUAUAACAUUCAUUGCCUUUCUGCACCGAUAGCAUGAACGUUACUGCGAUCAGUGAUAUAAGGAUGUCUUCUGACGACAUACGCGUACUCUAUCCGGCAGCAAGGCCGCAGUUCGCGCUGCAUAUACCGACGCGUUCACCCGGAGCUCGCUUUUCUCUAUCCCAAGCAUGUGUCAUUCCAACCCGCCCACUCCAAUCCCACCACUUACACAUCGCCUAUCUGCCCCUAUACCAAACCUCUCCCGCUUAUCAACCUAUAUCGUCCUCCUUCUUUUCCAUUCCCUCAUCAAGGCUUCCCCUCCACGUCCCCAUCAUCGAUUCGCUCCAUCCUUCUUAUCCUUUUCCUGUCCGACCCCUCCCCACUCAUCCCCAACCUCAUCCUUAUCCUUCUCCCUUUCUACUACCAAGCCCACGCCAUGCCUCACCAAAGCAUUUGCGAACCCCCACGCAUCUCUGGACGACCCCGCCACAUGUCCCUCCCACACUACCCUGGGCAUAUUCUCCUCAAUCAAGGUUGCGUACUUCCUACCGUUCUCCACGAGUCCAGCGGUCGAAACUUCGGCGAAGUCGGUCCGGUGCUCGAGCUCAAUCAAAUAUGCCAAAUAUCCCUCGUGGUCGACUCCAUAAAGAAGACGUUCAAGGCUGUCGGAAAUGGCUUCCCGGAGUUUCGUCCAGAAGACGAUUUGCCCUUCCGCGUCCGCGACGAAGGAAGGAUAGCGGCUGCGGAACGAUGGUUCCUGUUUUGCCCGGUGGAGGAGGAAGUUUAGGGUCGAGAUGGUGGAGCGAUAGCCGUCGACUGUUCUUUGCAGAUUCUCCAGGCGCGUGCGCAGAGCGACGGAUCUGAGAUGGAUUUGGAUUCCGACUUGGGAGGGCCAUGGGAAGCGGAGAUCCAUGAACUGUUGGCGGGAUAGUAGACCGAAGGGUUAGGGCGAAGUUGGUCGCUGCAGAGCAAAAAGACCGAGUGCGGAUCGGCAGGCCGAAAGUUGUAAUGUGAGGCUAUUGCGGGAGUCCCCGUUGCUCCUGGUGCUUCUGCAGUUCUCUGGGUCCGAGGACGGACAAAGUUGUGCGAUACGCUGGGAAGGAAAUAGCGUUGAACCAAUCGGUGAGGUGAUUGCAGUAGACUCAAUAGAGAUUCGGGUUGGACUGGAGACUUGGGUCGGUCAGAGCUGCUGCGUGUCGUGUGAACGUCACCUGGAAUCUUCCCCUGGGGACGA